AUGGAUGAAGCCCCCAAGUUGGGAGUGUACAUCGGGUCUGCCAGAGAUGUGACUUGUCCUGGAGACCAUGUCACGUACGAGUUUGUCCUUUACGACACUCGUAGAUGUACCUUGGAGUGCAUUCCGCAGCUGAACUUCUUCGAGGGCGGUCAACCGCCAUGGCGGUGUGAAGGCAACUACGAGGUGGAGGAUGGCGAGAUUGUCAUGGAAGUCACCAAGCAAGACGUGAGAGGACCGCGCCGUGACACCGAUGUGCGGCUGGAAAUGCCUGCCGGGUCCAGCGGCAGUGAGUUCCUUUUCAGAAAUUCUCGUCUUGGUUGGGUCGGCCCUCCUCCUGCCCUGCCAUCGCAGGAUCCUGUGAAACUCAAGAAGGCGCAGCUGCAGAAGGAGGAGGAGGAGGCAGCAAAACGAAAGACGGAGCUCGAAGCGCAACGCGAGGAGCUGGAUCGGGAGCGGUUGAGACAAGAAGAGCAGGCUAACCGGGAGAAGGCACAUUCGGGCUAUGGAUGUGGCAUGAUGCGGCUUGCUGCCGGAUGUGGCCAAGCUUGCGGCAGGUGCAGCUGGAACAGCUGCGGGAGGACUGCUUUGGCUGCAAGUGGCAUUUGUGCACGGCUGCAUCGUUGUGGCCUCGCCGGUUUGGACGAGGAGCUCCGGCAACAGCAGGCCGCUCAGGAGGCCCGGUCUCGGGACUGUACGGCCACUGCCUUUGCCAGCAAGAGCCCGGGACAGCCCCCGAAAGAUGGCGCCUCGCAGGCAGAAGCCGCACAGAGACGGGAGGAGUUAGAGAGGCAGAAGGAAGAGUUGCGGCGAAUGGAAGAGGCAAGAUGGGGGAAGCUUUGGGUGGUGCGGUCUGUUGGGGCAAGUAUCGAUGCACUGCAUGGAGGAGAAGCAAGCAUUGCUGGCAAAACGCUCGGUGGAGGAGACUCAGAAGCUGGAUCUUCGUUCGGCAUCAUAUCAUGCGGUCUCGACACUGGAUCCUGCCUGGAGGAGCAGCAACGCAGAGAAGAUUCAGAGCGCGAGUCGCAGCGUGUUCAGGAGGAGCUGCGACGGCAGCGCGAGGAGUUGAAGGCGCUGGAGGAGGAACGCCAGGAGUUGGCGCAGCGAGAAGAGCAAGAGAUGCAGCGUCGGAAGCAGGAAGGGGAGCAGGAGACCCAGCGCCUCGCGGCAGAGGCUGAGAAGCAGCGCGCAGAGCUACAGCGUCGGCGAGAGGAGCUGCAAGCGGUUGAGGCCGCGAGGGAAGAGGCACUGGCGAAGAAGAUGGAGGAGGAGCAGCGUUUCUCCGCAGAGCUACAGAGAUGGGCAGAGCAGCAGCAGGAGGCCCUUCGCCAGCAGCGCGAAGAGCUCCGAGCCUUGGAGGCCGAAAGAGAGGAGAUCCUGCACAGGAAGCUGGAAGAGCAGCAAAAGCUUCGCGAGGACGAAGAGGCCGAGGCUCAGCGAGCUGCUGAGGCACGACGACAGCGUGCUGCCGAAGCCGCCUCAGCGGAAGCGGAGAUCCAGCGAAAGCGUGAAGAGCUGGAGGCACUCGAGGCAGAGACAGACUCCGCCAGGAGGCAAAAGGAGGACGAAGAGCGGCGUCUUGAACAGGAGCAGGCAGCAAACAGGUGCAAGUCUCCGGUUAGCAGACACAGAAACAUGAUUUCCAGGCUGGUCUGCCUUAAUCUCUUGGCGGUCAGGACGAGAAGUGAGAGAUGGCAUCUGUUCUCCGAAGCCACUCCUGAUCAACAUUGGAAGCCCGGAAUGCUCUUGCCCGAUCACAUCCUAGAUCUAGACCGCACUAGACCUGGACGGUCGCAUGUCCCUCAGACUCUGACGUUUCUUGAGUCUAUUAGCCAUGCAUGCGCAACUUGUCAUAAGCAGUCGUAG